AAUCAGAUCCAUAAAAGAGUCUUAUUCCAUUCAAACUCAUUAAAUAAUACACGCUAUUAACAAAAUACGGCUUCUUUCUCUAGCAAAAUUUCCAUGCCUCCCUCUCUGUUUCUUCAACCAAAAUACUAUUUUUUUCCCCUCUUAAACUGCUAUGGAACAAUCUAGUGAAAAUUCAAGAGUGAGUUGGAAAAAUAUGGAUGUAGUAAAGACAUUUUUAGAAAAUUGUAUUCAAGAAGUAUCCUUAAAUGGGAGACUUGGAAGUAGUUUGAAGCCAGACUCAUGGAACAAGGUUAAACUAGCUCUGGAGACUUGUCAUCGCUUUUGCGUUCCCCAAAAGAAAAUGAAGAAUUAUUAUGAUUAUCUGAAAGAAAAAUAUCAAGCUUGGUUGCCACUAACUAAAAAGACUGGCAAUAUUUAUGAUCCAACAACCAAUACCUUUCAGAUGUCUAAUAGUGAGUGGGAUGAGUACAUAAAGGCUCAUCCAAAAGCAAAGACAUUGAGGAAUUCACCUCUACCCUUUCCAGACCUGUGCAUAAAACUUUUUGAGGGUUCUACUGCAACAGGAAUUCAUGGUUGGAGUCCAAGUUGUACCUAUCCUCGACCUGGUGUCUCUUCUGCGUCUACUCCUAUAGAUAUUGAUACGAUUGGUGGAGCUGAAGAUCUAUUUGGUGACAAAAAUGAUGAAGCUCCUAAAGAUUCUCCAUCCCAAUCUUCAUUUUCUGUUGAAAAGAAAGCUUCGGGAAAGAAGAGAAAACUCUCAUCAUCUCAUUUGGAAAUUGAUGAGAAGAUGAGUACUGCAUUGGAGUUAUUGAUUAAAAAAAGUAGUGGACCUGACGUCGAAGAAUGUAUGGACAAAUUACAAGGAUUUGGUUGGAAAGAUCCAUUAUACAGUACAACUCUUGCUAUAAUUUGUGAGAGUGAGAGCUACAGGAAAGCAUGGAUGAAACUAGAGGAGGACAAGUUAGAGAAUUGGGUUAAGCUCUUGGGGAAACAAAAGGGACUGCUUUAACUUUGCUAAUUAGCUAAAAUAUGCAUUAGGCGUUGAUAAUGUGAAACCUUCUUUAUUAUUUUUCUACUAGUAUCUAUUAUGCUUAUUGAACCUUUUCGGUAUUAUAUUAUGUUGGAACCAUUUUGGUUAGUGAUAUAUUUUUUAAAUGUCUUUUUUGGGUUAUGCUUGAGAAUUAUGGAUAAUUUAUCGUUAUGUAACUUUUAUGUUGACCAAAUAUAUAACAUGUUAUGCUUAUUAUCGUGUAUUGUACAUUUUCCAGGUUAAAAUAGUUUAGACAUGGACACUGAAGAUCAGAUAUUAUGGUUGAUGAGCUUAUAUUGGUGUAGAAAACGUCUUAGACUCAAGAAUGUUCAAAGAAAUAAAGAUUUAACAUCAUCUUUAUCUGGAUAGAGUUACACAUUGGAAUUAUUGUCUGGCUCUAGUCGACAAUGUUUAGAGUUGAUGUGCAUGUCUCGUGAUGCAUAUGUGCGAGUUGUGUCAAAAUUUUAGACAUAAUGGAUGGCUCACAGAUAGUAAAUAUGUAUCUGUAGAAGAAAAGAUAGCAAUAUUUUUAUCCAUUAUAGGGCAUAAUGAUCGUUUUGUGGUUAUCAAGAGGAGAUUCCAACAUUCUUCGCAAACGAUUCACAAAUAUUUUCACGAGGUUCUUGAAGCAAUGAUGAAGUUUGCAAAAGAGAUGAUAUCAUCUACAACAUCCGAUCCAAAUCUAGAUAUUCCCGGUGCUUAUAAAAGGCUACGUAAAAUUUUUAAGGGAGCAAUCGGUGCACUUGACGGGACAUUAGUACAUGCCAUUGUUCCCGCUAAUCAACAAAUUGUUUACAGAGGAAGAGGAAAGGGUAAAUGUUAUCAGAAUGUAUUAGGUAUAUGUGAUUUUAACAUGGUGUUCACUUAUGUUUACGCUGGAUGGGAAGGAGUAGCACAUGAUGCACGAGUUCUUACAGAGAUUAUAUCUAAUCCAGAAAAUGGCUUUCCAUUUCCUUCUUCUAAUAAGUACUAUCUAUGUGAUGCAGCAUAUCCAAACACUCGAGGAUUUCUAGCACCGUACCGUAAUGUUCGAUAUUGGUUAGGAGAUUAUCAGCGUAGGAGGGCCAUAAAUAAGGAGGAAAAGUUUAAUCAUGCUCAUGCACAACUCAGAAAUGUUAUUGAACAUGCUUAUGGAGUUCUAAAAGCAAGAUUUCUGAUAUUGGACAAGAUGCCUCCAUAUUCUAUUGAUGUCCAGAGAGAUGUUGUUGUUGCAUGUUUUGCAGUUCAUAAUUUUAUCAGGAAGGAGCGUAUAAAUGAUGAACUGUUUAAUCAAUAUGAUUCACCUCAGUUAAUAUUUGACGAGGAAGAAGGAGAACAGGAAAGAAGUGUUGGAUGAAACAAGUGGACCCAAUUGGACAGCUGAAGAUUCGCAGAUAAUGCACAAUAUGCGUGAACAACUUGCACUUCAACUAAUGCAAAGAAGAGGAAAUACUUGAGAGUUUUAUAUUUUCAUUAUUUGAAAUACUUCUAAUGUUUGAACCUUAGAAUUUGAUCUGAUGUAGUUAAUUAUUUGAAUUAUCUUAUACUUGAGCGUUUGAAAUAGAACGAGAUUAUGUUUAGCUGAAUGAUUUUUUUUGCUAACAAAUUAACGUUGAAUUCUGGAAGAAAAAAAAUCAUGUUACCUUGUCA